AUGAUACUAUGAUUCUAUGAUUCUGACACCUGGAAGCCCAGCUCAGCCCAGUUGUGGCUCUUCAUGGCAUGCAGUUUUGCUGGAUGAACUGCAGGCUGAUUUCACUGGCACUCCCAGCUCCUUCUUGACAGCUGUAGUUAAAUGGAUGAGCACGAGACUUACACCUGGGGAAUUCUGGAUUAGUCUUGUUUGUAAGGAAGCAAAUAUAAAUUACUGUGUUUAUGCUACUUUUAAAGAGCUUUUAAUGAGGAAUCAUUUGCUAUUCAAAAUUUCAAUCCAUAAUAAUGCCAUAACCUCGCCGAGUUGUAUCUCCUUUAACAUCACUCUUCAUACAGGAGAUGAGGGCAAGCCGGUGGUUUGAAGUUCUUGUGCCCAUUCUAAUCUAGUUCUUGAGCACGAUGGAGAAACCCUGACUGAUUUUGCGCUGUGCUUUUAUCUGCUCUGCCUUUCAGAUGGAGCUGAUCUGACUCCUAUCCAUCCCCUCCAGUAACACGGCCAGGGGCACCAUGGCUGCAGGGGUGGCUGCGUGGCUGCCCUUUGCCAGGGCAGCGGCCAUAGGAUGGAUGCCAGUGGCCAACUGUCCCAUGCCGUUGGCUCCGACAGAGAAGAACAAGAGGCAGGACGAGCUGAUCAUUCUCAACGUGAGCGGCAGGCGUUUCCAGACCUGGAGGACUACACUUGAGAGGUACCCGGACACUCUGCUGGGCAGCACGGAAAAGGAGUUCUUCUUCAAUGAAGACACCAAGGAGUACUUCUUCGACCGGGACCCCGAGGUCUUCAGGUGCAUCUUAAAUUUUUAUAGAACUGGCAAGCUGCACUAUCCCAGGUACGAGUGCAUCUCUGCCUACGACGAAGAGCUUGCCUUCUACGGGAUCCUCCCUGAAAUCAUUGGGGACUGCUGCUACGAAGAGUACAAAGACAGAAAGAGGGAAAACGCGGAGCGGCUGAUGGAUGACAACGACUCAGAAAACAACCAGGAAGGGUCCAUGCCAUCCCUGAGCUUCCGGCAGACCAUGUGGCGAGCCUUCGAGAACCCCCACACCAGCACCUUAGCCUUAGUCUUUUACUACGUCACCGGUUUCUUUAUUGCCGUCUCUGUGAUCACCAAUGUCGUGGAAACUGUCCCUUGCGGCACGGUGCCGGGGAACAAGGAGCUUCCAUGUGGGGAGAGAUACGCUGUGGCUUUCUUUUGCUUGGACACGGCUUGUGUGAUGAUUUUCACAGUUGAGUACCUGUUGAGACUCUUUGCGGCCCCAAGUCGCUACAGGUUCAUCAGAAGCGUGAUGAGCAUCAUUGACGUGGUGGCCAUCAUGCCAUACUACAUUGGUUUGGUGAUGACCAACAACGAGGAUGUCAGCGGAGCCUUUGUGACUCUAAGGGUUUUUAGGGUUUUCAGGAUUUUCAAGUUCUCUCGCCAUUCCCAAGGCUUACGAAUCUUGGGCUACACUUUGAAGAGCUGUGCCUCUGAGCUUGGCUUUCUCCUCUUUUCCCUCACUAUGGCAAUUAUCAUCUUUGCAACUGUGAUGUUUUAUGCAGAGAAAGGGUCCUCAGCAAGCAAAUUCACCAGUAUUCCUGCUUCCUUUUGGUACACUAUCGUAACCAUGACAACACUUGGGUGAGUAUUACUUUUUCUUUUACUCAGCAGCCUGCAAGCAUGUAGUAAAAGCAAGACUCAGUUGCUUCUAAGCAGUUUUCUGGAUGCAUGUUGCAAAAGGGAAUGGAAGUGUUAAAGAUUUUAUCGUUCUUUGCCUGAUAACUUCUUGUGUUAUUAUUGUGGAAUUUGUGUUUACAUGUAUGAAACAGAAAAAGCACUUAAACCCACUUGACAAAUGCCUGGCACAAUGGUAGAUGAAUGCAGGAGAAGCAAUCUAUGGAGCAGUAGGUGGUGAUUUGCUCUCAUUCUGCAGGAGAGAGAAGUGGAAGGAAGUUGGCAAGUAGUGCCCGGGUUUUUUUCAGACAUUCAUUUUGAGCCAUGGAUUUUACACAGGAUCUCUGACGUGCAUUUUGUCUCUUUUCACAACAUUGGUCACAGUUUCUUUGUUUGGCAUGCCAGCAGUUAUAGAUGUGCUGAAUUCAAAUGGAUA